AGUAAUUCAGUCUAUAGCCUUGUUUGAGGAACAGAAUCGCUCUCUUCUGCAUAACUUCAUCUUUAAAGCUGAGGGAUACACUACUCUAGGGAUAACAAAUCCACAACUUGUAUUUGUUUUCAGUUGAUAUGUAUGUAUGUGUUAAAUACUACUAAAAUGAAACGAAUGCAGACUGGAACAGGACUGAAUCUACUCAUCUUUUGUAUCCUGAUUAGCUGGUCGUUGAUUUAUGCGACCCCGUCCUCUUCAAGAUAUAACCUAUUUUCUGCAGGAGCUGCUUAUUCUGGUUCUGCAAGUAGACCCAGUAAUACAAACAAGAACUGGUGUGCACAUAUAGUAUAUAAGAAUGUGACAUGUGCUGUGCUGGAUGGGAUAGGAAAUGAUAUGGAGGCAGAAUAUCGUACUCAUUUCCGGCCCACAUACAAGAUUGCUUACAAGACGGUUACAGAACUGGAAUGGAAAUGUUGUCCAGGCUUUAGAGGUGCUGACUGUAAAGAGGUCAAAGAAGGUCCACCAAAACAAACCUCCCUGGGACCAAAUACAGCCCCCAUACCAGUACAACAUGGCUCAAUACCAGAACUAAAAGUGACACCCAAGGAUAAUGAAGGAGAGAAAAUCGCGCAACUGGAGGAUGAGGUUCAGCGUCUUUCCCAGACUGUGCUUGACCUGCAGUCUGCCAUUACAGGGAUGAAUGAUAACCUAAGAGUGAACAUCCAGGAGGACACCAGCAAAAUGCUGGUGACGCUGUUGAACAAUCUAAACGUGCCUGACAGUGCUCUUGGAGGGGAGACUGAAAGCAUUCACUUACCAGGCUUUGGAUAUGGCAGAGAGCAGAUCGAGAUGGAAGCGAUCAAGUCUAAGCUUAUUGAUGUUUCGGACACCUUAUCAAGCAAAAGUGUCAUGCUGGAAGACCUGAAUGGGAAGGUGAGUGGCCACGAUGGACAGUUGAGACAGCUCAUGGAGGCUCUCCGUGGUCCUCCUGCUACUGCAUCAUCGUUCGAAAUUUAUCAGGCAUACAUAGAUAGCAAGUUUGACACGCUGAGAGAUGAGAUGCUUGAAGGGAUUGAGAUAAAGAUGGCUGAUUUAAAGAAUUCCUGCGACUACAAAAUACUGUCCGUGCAGCAGGAGUGCGAAGAACAAGAAAACAACUACCUUGGAUUAACAGAACUCUUGGAGACAAAAGAGGCUGAUCUGAGGAAAGAGAUCAGUGACCUCAAGUCUGUGAUGGAGGAAUCACAAGGGACUGGAAAGACUAAUUGCUGUACUUCGGGUUCCCAAGCUAAAGACCUUGAUAGAAAGAUCCAACGUAUUGCUGAAGCCAACAUGGCACUCAACGCAAGGUUGGACAAUGAAGUGGCGCGUUUCACAACGCUUCAGCUGGAAGAUAUUUUUGCUGAACGCCUUGAAGACCUUGAGGCUAAAAUGAAUGUCACUGAGAAGAACUCAGAAGUGCACUGCUUUUACAUAGAAGAGAAACUCAAUACACAUAUUGCAGAAGAGGUGGAUGGUCUGAGGGAAUUGCUGGAUGAGAGGCUGAAGUCUAUAAAAGACCAGUAUGGCAACAUGCUUGUUGAGUUAAGCAAUGGUUCUUCCAAUGGAUUAGAUAUUGACUUGGUAUCUGCAAUACAGAGGGAACUAGGAUCCAAUAAGAAUCUGUUUAACAAUGAGAUUGAACGCCUAGAGGACAGGCUAAAAGGAGUGGAGAAACUCUGCUCUACAGAAUGUAAAUCCAAUACGGAAGGUAUGGAAAAUGUCAUAAGCAAUUUACAGACUUUCAAUAACAAUUUAAUCAAUGUGCGAUUGAAAAUAGAUGAAAAUUCAGCAAAGCUCCGAACACUGGACAGCACUGUUCAGAAAGAGAUCAGGACAGUCCAUCACAACCGCCAAAACAUUGUGACAAUUGAGAGAGAAAUCAGUUCCCUGAAGGAUAAUCUCAGUGGUUUGGAUGGUGCUGUAAAAGGCCUAGAGGACACCAUAAGUAAAUACACAGUAGAUCUGUUGCACAUGAACUCUACCUCUGAACAGAAGGAGCGCAUCCUAAUGAGAGAGGUUAGUAAAAUGCAGGAGGCACUGGACAAUGUCUCCCACAAUGUUUUAAAUAAUAGUGAGGUCAGCGAGGUGAAGAAAAAGCUGGAUCAGCUAAGAACUCAGGUUAGCAAAGAUCUCAGUCAGUGCAAAGAAAGCACACAAGGCAUCCAGAAGGAGGUCUCCAAUGUGGAUGGCAGAGUGACCAACGUUGAGAAUGUGUGCAGCAAACUGGAUACCGUUUCUGGCAGCCUGCAGAGGAUCAAAGAUGGCCUCAACAAACAUGUUACCAGCCUGUGGAACUGCGUUCACCAGAUCAAUGGAACCAUGAAAUCUCAUUCCAAGGACAUCUUUGGACUGAAGGAUACUGUACAGAAAUUCCAGACUCAGGUCUCUGACAUUACCAACAGCAUUAAGGACUUGGUGCAGACUCAGAUCGUACCAGAAAAGGGGGAUACAGGCUUCCCAACAAUGCCAAGAGCACCAGUUCAUCCUGUCCCUCCCAAACUACAUGAGCCAGUCCCUCCCAGACAACGUGUGCCGGUCAUCUCCAGGCCACCUGUUCUAGUGACCACAAGGCCACGUGUGCCAAUCACCUCAAAGCCACGUGUGCCCAUAGUUCCAAGACAGCAUGAGGUGGUGAUGGAGACUGGGGAAGCAGGCCCUCCAGGGACAGUUCUAAAGAAAGUGGCCGUUCUCCCUGAAGGCACUGGUGGAUUCAUGCCAGACUUCAAAGGGUUUGCAGGAGCACCAGGUUAUCUUCUUACUCCCACGUCUUAUAAGCCUAAUAUUGUUCCAGGCCGUCCUCCUCUUAAGCCGUCAUCUUUUAACCCUAAUGUAAUUCCAGUCAGCAGCUUUGACAUAGCAGAGCCUUUCUCCUUUUCUGCGGGUCUCACUCGGAAGCCGUUCCCUGGGGACGUGGGAGUGAUCCGCUUCAACAAGGUCCUUGUGAAUGAUGGAGGCCAUUACAACCCACAAACAGGUAUCCUCACUGCCCCCUAUAGGGGUCGGUACCUGAUCAGUGCAGUUCUAGUACCAGAGCGGGAUGAACGUGUAGAAGCUGUACUGUCCGUUUCACACGAGAGUGUUAUUCAUCUGGACACAUCUGGCUACAGAAAGGAACUGCUUGAAUACAACAAGCCCAGUCUAGGGCAGCAGACCUGUGGCGGCACCGGCAUGUUCAAUGUGAUUCUCAGUCUGAAACAGGGGGAUGAAGUGAGUAUUGUAGUAACAGCAGGCAAACUAGCCUACACACAGUCAAAUGAAAUCAUCUCCACUUUCAGUGGAGUGUUUCUCUAUCCACCUCCCUCCAGCAAAUAACCCUUAAGCAGAAAACUCUGGACUAAAGCUUUUAGUUUUAAAAAAAAAAAAAAAAAUGCUAAGAAUGUUUUUCAGAGUCAUAAUAUAUUUCUAUAUAACCUAUAUCUGUAUGUGUCUUUCUCUUUACCACUUGCUCCUGUUUUGCCAAAGCACACAGAUUGUUUACAUGUUAAAAAUUAGCUGAAAAGUUUUGUUGCCAUGUUAAUGACAAUGGAUUGUAAGCAACCACAUAGUUUCCAAAAACUGCUGUACUACUUAAAUGCUGUAUACUUGUUUUGAAUGUCAUACAUACUGCAUUUGGAUGAGACCACUUGGAUGCAAAGCAGCAGCUUCUAAAUUGCAGAGUGUUGACUGUUUAAAAUCAAGGGCUUUCCAUGGAAGGGACAACUCUUGUGAGCUGAAGCAGCAUGUGUAUCACUUCAAAAUAAAGACAUGUAUGUUUCUUACAAGGAAUGUUCAAAGAAAUGUAUUGACUAUCCUGAUUUCAAAGAAAUGCAUAAAUGCAAGCUGCCAAUGUUUCACUCUGUUACAAAUGUACUAUAAAAUCGAUUUUAAUAAAAAAAUCAAUAGCUAUUUCCAAAGGGGCAGCCAUAUUUGAUAUUUAUUGUAAAUUAUACAUGUCAGUAUUGUUUGAU